GCAAUCAUUCUCUCUGCUUUGGUGAUGCCCAAACAAGGAGACCGCCACUAUUUUAUUUCAUGUACUUUAGUACUGUUUAGUUCUCUUUGUUAUGUAAUAUCUGCUUAUUCUUCAUCAAGCUUGAAACAGUUCAUGAUAAUUUCAAGGAGACCCCUGCUAUAUACUCUAGAAUGCAGCAAUUGUUUUUUCUUUGUUUCUUGAAAUCCGCUGAUUAACUAGAGAUCGUUCUGUGCUUUUCUAAUGGUUACACCUGGAAGAAACUUCGCUAUGCAGGUUAUCCGGUAGCUGUAUCUGCAUCAAGGACAAAGAGCAGGUUCAUGUCCAUGGUGUGCAUCUACUCAAUCUUGUGUUAUUUCGUUUCAGGAUGUAUAACUGUCCCAAAAUUGUUGUGUGUCUUUUGUCUUGGAAACCAUGUUUUUUGCUUAGCUAAAGUGAUGUGACCUGCAGUACCAUUCACAUAUUAUCAUAUAUGCACUUAAGAAACUGAGGGUGCUUCUUUUUUGUUAUAUAAGACUAGAAUCUAGCUGGCAGUGUCAUGGAUACAUUAUCUAUAAUGAUGCGUUGGCAUUCUCGCUAUUUAUUUAUUUUUGGAAGACAAAAAUUGAUGUUUCAGGUUUUGGGCCUCAAAUCACUGAUUGAUACAUUAUCUCACGUGCUUUUGUACUGUUUAGUUCUCUUUGUUAUGUAUUGUGCGCUUAUAACAUGCCGUUUUCAUCUAGCUUAUUUUCCCACAAGCUUGAAAUAGUUCACGUUAACACCCCUGCUUUGUACAGUAGAAUAUAGCAAUUCCUUGUUUUCUUCUUCUUGAAACUCGUUGAUUCUAGUCGCACAUUUUUCUGUACUAAUAUUGCAAACUUUCUGUAGAAUGUAGCAAUAGCUUGUUUCUUUCUUAAAACUUGUGGAUUAUAGGCUAUAGCCACACAUUUUUUGUACUACAACGGCAAAAAUUGAAAGUUCAAGCCUUUAAGGUUACAACUUUAGGGCUUCAUCUUAGGCCAUACACCACAGUCCAGGGUCUAAAUAGAAUUCAUUUUCCCUUUGAAACAAUAUAACUUUACUUAUAGAACGUUCAACAGUUCUGAUAGCAUUUGUAUGUACGCCUUUCGUUCUGAAAUAAGUGUCGCUGAUUUAGUACAUUGUUUUUUACUAAAAGAGCGAGUCAGAGAUGCUUAUUUUGAAACGGAAGGAGUAUUUUUUUUUAUGAGAGGUGUUUUUUUUUGUCUUUUAGGUAACUGUGGAAUAUGUCAAGGCUUGAUGUUGUACUAGUAAAUAGCUGGAUGCUUCUCUCUCAACAUCCCACUAAGACCUAACUGACUUAAUGAAAGCUCAUCAGUGGCUUAAUUGGGACAGGUAGACUAAUCUAUCGCGACCAUGACAAGUUCUACCCCACUUACUUUACUUGCAUGGUCCUACUGGUUCAUGGAACCUCCUAAGAUUUACUGCCAAUUCAUGGAACCUCCUAUGGUUUUUACCUUGUGGAGGUAUGGAAAAAGAAGAGAAUAACGAAAAUUCCCACUGCAAACGCGCCCUUUAACCAGAAGGAUAAUAACUGCGCUGUUGCUGCGCCAAGAAAACGCUGUGCCGACUGCCGGUGCCGGAAGAAGGAAAAACAAAGAUCCGGUAGGUGGACAUUUGGCAACUGCUCCUGCUACUGCUACUACAACCUUUUGAGCCGGCCGCAGCCACCAUCGUCUCCCUCACUCCGUCCCACUCCCCGUCCUCGCCAUUCUCACGUCUUUCUCCUCCUCCUCCACCCUUUUCACCACGUCAAGGUUCAGGCAAUCAUCGGCAGAGACCUUCCUCCGCCGGAGCAGCGCAUGGCGUCGCACCGCCGGCUCAUGGGCGCCGCGGCGUCGUCGUCGUCCCUGGCGCCGUCGGGCGGCGACGGCGAGGCGGCUGCGGGGCGCGGGUCGAGCCAGGAGGCGAUGAAGAUCAUGGUGUCCGUGCUGGUGGUGGUCAUCUUCUGCACGCUCUUCUACUGCAUCUACUGCUGGCGCUGGCGGAAGCGCAACGCCGUGAGGAGAUCGCUGCUCCGGAGCCUGAGGCCGAUGUCGAGCUCCGACCUGCCGCUCAUGGACCUGGCCUCCAUCCACGCCGCCACGGACAACUUCUCCAAGGCCAACAAGCUCGGCGAGGGCGGCUUCGGCCCCGUCUACAGAGGCGUGCUGACGGGCGGGUCGGAGAUCGCGGUGAAGCGGCUGUCGGCGCGGUCGCGGCAGGGCGCGGCGGAGUUCCGGAACGAGGUGGAGCUGAUCGCCAAGCUGCAGCACCGGAACCUGGUGCGGCUGCUGGGCUGGUGCGCCGAGCGCGACGAGAAGCUGCUGGUGUACGAGUACCUCCCCAACCGCAGCCUCGACGCCUUCCUCUUCGACGCUAGCAAGAGCGCGCAGCUGGACUGGAAAACCCGGCACGGCAUCAUCCUGGGCAUCGCCCGCGGGCUGCUCUACCUGCACGAGGACUCGCUGCUCAAGGUCGUCCACCGGGACCUCAAGGCCAGCAACGUGCUCCUCGACAACAAGAUGAGGCCCAAGAUCUCCGAUUUCGGCAUGGCCAAGAUCUUCGAGGACGAGUGCAUCGAGGUUAACACCGGCCGCGUCGUCGGAACCUACGGCUACAUGGCGCCGGAGUUCGUGAUGGAGGGCGUGUUCUCGGUCAAGUCGGACGUGUUCAGCUUCGGGGUCCUGCUCAUCGAGAUCCUCGGCGGCAAGCGGAACGGCGCGCUCUACCUCGAGGAGCACGAGCAGACGCUCAUCCAAGACGCAUGGAAGAGCUGGACGGAGGACAAGGCGGCCGAGUUCAUGGACCCGGCGCUGGGGCGGGCAUACUCCAAGGAGGAGGCGUGGCGGUGCUUCCACGUGGGGCUCCUCUGCGUGCAGGACGACCCGGACCUCCGGCCGACCAUGUCCAGCGUCCUGCUCAUGCUCAUCAGCGACCACAUGAACCUCCCCGCGCCGGCCAGGCCGCCCAUGUUCACCAGGCUGAGGACCUUCCCGGCCGCCAUGAUCCCCUUCUCCACCAAGACCGAGUCCACCUUCUCGCCCCAGUCCAUCAACGACGUCUCCAUCACCGUCGUCGAGCCGCGAUGAGGUUGAUGGCGCCCUUUUCUUCUUGUGUACAUACUGCAUGCUGCUAGCUCAAAAUGUUCUUCCAGAAGGCCGGCCGCCGUUGGAUUUUUGUAGUUAUGGUGAAAAGUACGUACACACCGUGGCACAAGCUUCGUGCAGAUGGUGACAGAGUGAGAUCCAUGGCAAAUUGAGUACACGUGAUUGUUUCUUUUUUCUUUUACCGUUGAUUAGUUCCUAUGUCAAUACGAGAAAAGAACCCAUUGAUGACACAGAAACAAUUUUUCUUCUUUC